UCCAAUUGAACAACUCAAAAAUCGAGUGGGAUUUUUCAUUUCUUUAGUAAGGUAGUUUAUUAUAAAUUUAAAAACAAAAAAAAAAAAAUAUGAAUUGCCAAAGUGAAAAAACUAAACGAAUAAUUAGAAGAAAAAAAACAAGAUACAAUUUUGAAUCAAGUGAUUUACCACCAGCACCACCAGCACCACCAGCAUCACCUUCACCAUCAUCAUCGUCAUCAUUAUUAUUAUCACCAAAUAAAAAAUUAAAAAUAAAUAAAAAAUCAACAAAUAUUGAUAAAGAUAUAUCUGAAAAUGUUGAAAAUGCAUUUGAACGUUUAUCAAAGCUAUAUGCUCUUGUUGAAGAAAUUAUUGAAAUACGUGAUAAAAAUUCAAAAUUAUUUAAACGUGUACGUGAACUUGAACGAACAAAAGCAUCACGUAAAGCAAAUUAUGAAUUAGAAAAAAGUAUUACAAAUGGCCAAGAUAUUUAUUUACCAGAUGAAGAUGUUGGCUUUGCUGAAUCAUUACUUGGUGCAAUGUUAUCAUCAUUUGACGAUGAUGAUAAUAAUAAUAAUAAUAAUAAUAAUAAUCAUCAUCAUCAGUCAUCACGAUGGCGCGAUAAUCAAAUAAUUAAUAAUCAUGUAUCACCAUCAUCACCAUCAUCACCAUCAACAAUAGCAACACCAACAACACCAACAGCAACAUCAUCACUACGUAAACGUAAUUUUAAUAAUUCAUCGUCGAUUGAUCAACGUCGUGUAUCUUGUCCAAUUGUUGUUGGGCAAGAUAAUAAAUUAUCAUUUAACCGUCGCAAUUCAAUUGGUAAAAUUGGAAAAAAUAAUUAUUUAUCAACAAUAAAAAGACCAUCACUUGUGUUUGGUCAGCCAAAAAUAUCAAAGUGGACAAAAGUCAAGGCAGCUUUUAAAUGGGAAAAAGCUGUUUGCAACCACAACAACAACAACAACAACAAUUGUGAAUUAUUAAAUAAUCCAACAAUUGAUAAUAGUAAUAAUAGUAAUAAUAAUAAUUCAUUGAGAUAUUUAAAAAUACCAUUAGAUAAUAAUGGUGCCAGUGUUGUUUUGAGUGAAAUAUCAACACCGGUAACACCAGUUGGCACAAUGUCAUCAUCAUCAUCUUCAAUUGACGAUGUAUUUCACAGAUCACAUCGUACGUGUCAUAGUCAAACGAGGCGAGUUACUCGACAUGAUGAUGACAUUGAAGAAAAAUCCGAUUCAGAUCCAUCAAGAAGAAGUCGUUCAUUGGAUGGUGAAACAUCAGCACCAAUUCAUGAUGAUCAAGCAUCCAUCAACAAGGAUGUUAAUAAAAUUGAAUACAAAAGUCACAAAACACCUUGGAGUAAAAUGAAAGACAUAAUGCAACUUAGACGUGAUAGUUUGGGACGACAAAUAAAUAGUAGAAAUUCAAGACAUCAUGAUGAUAAUCAUUCGACAUCUAGUUUAGAUUCUACAGAUAUUCUUCGAACUGAUCUUGAUGAUAGACAGCCACGUCUAAGAGUAACAUCUGAGCCAUCCCAAUUGUCAAUUAAUUAUAAAAAAUAUGGAACAAAACAAAAAUUGCAAGUUGGUGAUUUAACAACGAGAAGAUUAACGCCAAUGCUUACAAUAACAGUACCAUCGAGUGAAGAAUUAAGAACAUUGUCAUCACCAGAAUUAAUAACACCACCAUCAACACCAACACCAAAUUUACAACAGCAACAACAUCAACAACAACGACGAGAACCAGAUUCACCAAUACAAUCUGUGAGUAGAUAUGCAUUGGGUAGAUCAAAAACAUCACAGGGUGUACAUGAUGAUUAUAAACGUCAACAUUCAUCAAAAGGUGAUUCUCUGGGAUCAUCACCAAAAACGCAAAGAAGAAAUUCAAAAUGGAAUAAAGUUAAACGUGCUUUUUUAACUGGUCCAACAUCAGUGCCAACAAGUCCAAGUCGUAUAUCAUCAUAUUUCUUUGAUGAUGGUGAUGUAACUGCAAGCUGCUAUAGUGCAAGUGCUAGUGCUGAAGAUUUGGACAAUGAUGCAUCAACAAAUAAUCCAGCAGCACAAGCUGAAAUUCAACGUAAUUAUCGUCUUUUACAUGAUAAACUUGGUGCUGAAUUUUAUCGUAAACUUGCUGAAUGGGAAAAAUUAAAAGCCAUUAAAGAUUUACGAUCAGUAAAUCGUGAACGUGAAACACGUAUUUUAUGUGAAGAAAGAUUAACACCAGAAUUUAAAAAAAAACUUGAAGAGUGGAAACGAAUGAGCAAAGGUUCAAUGACCAAUGAAUCAAGAUCAGUUAGUAAACGAAGAAUAACUGAUUGGCAAUUGUGGCGUUCAUCACCAAAAACAGAUUCACAUAAAAUUGACAAUACCAUUGGAUCAUCUGGUUUAUCUGAUGAUUUUAUUAAAAAAAUGGAAGAAUGGAAAAAAAUUAAAUCAACUUCUGUCAGACGUCAUGAAGAUUUUGAAAAUAAAUAUCAUCAUCAUCAUUUGGCUGUUGUUGCUGCUGCUGCUGAUGAUGAUGAAAAAGAAAAAAUUAAAAAACAAGAAAAACAAGAUAAACAUGAAGAUGGUGAUGAAGAUAAUGACGAUAGUGAUGAUGAUGAUGAUAAUGACGACGACAACGACGACGAUGAAGAAGAAUCAUAUUCAUUUGAAAAUAAAAAUAAAUACAUUAACAAAUUUGAAGGCUGGAAGGGACUUGAAGAUGAAGAAUUUAAAAGUCUUGAUAAAAUUAUUGGAGCAAUGGAAAAUGAAAGGCAAACAAGAUUAUCCAAGCUUCAUCGUGUUGUUGGCUCAGCACCAGAAAAAACUCAAGAGAUUCUUGUUCAUACAUCAACUGGUUACUAUCGUUUUGAGGGAAUAUCUAAAACAUUUACAAGAAAAUUAUACGAAUGGGAAAAAAGCCAAGGUAUAACACCAGAACUUUCGACAUUUCGUUUAUUGGAUCCACUUCGUUAUGGUAUAUCAUCUGAUCCUCGAAAACCAUCAGUCAAUUUUACAAGUAAUAAACAAGUUAUCCGAACAACAACAUCAACUCCAAUUAGAUCAAAGUCUGUUGGAUGUUUACUUGCUGCUGAAUCAUGGAGAACAAAAAUUGAUAAACCAGUUGUUAAUAAUAAUCACAACAAUAAAGGUCAUCAAUGGAGUUUAUCACUCAAUGACAUUGACAGACAUAUUGAGCCAGUAUUUCAAUAUGAAGAAGAUACACUUGAUGAUGCUGGUUUGGAUGACUUGGAACAUGAGCCAGAAGCUAUGAUUGUUGAUAUUGAAGAUGUCAUUGAGGAAACAGCAAGUCCAUUGACUAAAUUACAGCCACAUCAAACACCAGUUUAUAGUGUUGCAAGUAGUGAAACAACAAGUAUUGCAAUACCACUUGGUACUGUAACGUCAAUACAUGAAUCAUCACCAGCUGGUAUUCUUAUUGAACCUGAUGAAAUUCAUACAAUUACAAUAAACAACAACAAUAAUGAUGAUGAUGAUGAGUCAACAGAUAGUUCAUUAAGAUUUGCUAUUGCCCAAUCUGAUCCAAUUUUUGAUGAUGAUGAUGAUGAUAAUGAUGAUAAAUUUACAAGUGAUGCUGAAAAUACAAAAGCGGAUGUUGAAAAAAAUAAUAUUUCAGUUAAUGAGAGUAAUAAUAAUAAUAAUAUUGAAACGGAAGACAAACAAGACCAAGAGAAAGAGGAUAUGGAAAAAACAAUAAUAACUGUUGCUGGACGUCAACAUGGUCGCUUAAAAAAUAAUUUAAAAACAAGACGACUAACUGAUACACAAAUUUGGUAUGAUAAAUCAUCAUUCAAUAGUAAUAAUAAAAUACAAAAUGAGCAAUUAAAUGAUCAAGAUGUUGGCAAAUACAUACAUGGAGCUAAUAUUGAAAGAAUAAUAUUAAAUAAAGAUACACUUAAUAAAAUUGUUGUACCAACGAGUUUAGGAACACUUGAUAUGUCAAUAACAUCAAAUACACCAUCGUCAUCAUCAAAAAUAAAUAAUGAUGAUGAUAAUUCAUUAGAAAGUAUUAAAAAAACAACAAAAGAACCAAAAAAUGUAUUUGUUAAAACAAAAAGAAUUGUUUUUUCACCAUUUAAACGUGAUAAUAAAAUUAAAAAUAGUAAUAAUAUUAAUAGUAAUAAUAAUGAUAAUAAUGAUAAUGAUGAUAAUGAAAAAAUAAUAAUAAAUAAAUCAAGUGAAUUUAAAAAUUCAUUACAAAGAUCAAAACGUAUGACAAUUGAUAUACCAAAAUCACCAAUAUUAUCAAGAAAAGAAUAUAAAAAUUUACCAUCAUAUUUGCCAAAAGAAACAUCACCAGGUAUUCGUAUGAUGAUUAAAAAAUAUAAUGAAAAAAUUGAAGGUAGUAUGCCUGGUUCUGGUACAAGUAGUGGAAGUGCAUCACCAAUUUGGCGAUCACCAGUUACCCAAAGAAGAAUAAAAACAAGAAUGGAAAAAUAUCAAGAGGAAGUUAGAAAAGCCAUUGCUGGACCAUCAUCGUCAUCAUCAUCUUCAUCAUAUCGUUUUGAGUUUAAUAAUAAUAAUAAUAAUGAAAAAAUAUCAAAAAGUGCAACAAUUGAUUUUUCAAAAAAUUAUAAAAAUGAUGAUUCUGAUGGUGUGUUACGAAGUGAAACAAUGCCAGAAAUUAUUAAAAUUGAUUAUGAAAAAAAAAAAAAUAAUUCAACAAUGGCAUCAUCGAGGACACUUAAAAUUCAAAAAGCUAAACAAGAUUUUUUUCAACGAGAACAAAAGAAAAUUCAAGAGUUAAAUUCAAGAAAAAUUGUUGAUAAUUAUGAUGAUAAUGAUGAUGAUGAUAGAGAAAUGAAAAAUUUAACAAAAGCAGAUUUAAUAAAAUCAGCAAGUGUUGGAAUGAUUAAUAUUGAAUCAAAUGCAUUUGAAAGACUUCAAUUAUCUCCAGCUGUAUCAACAUUGUCAAAUCGUGGCUAUGAUUCAUUGCCAAGAUCAUCCGAACAAUUUAAUCAGCAACAACAAUCUAAUAAAGAAUCACGAUUUCAUCAAUUAACAAGUAAAUUUAAAAAAGCUAAAUUAAAAAAAUCAAGAGUCAAAGAAAGCUCAAGUAUGUCAACUGUAUCGAUGCUUUGUCGACAAAGUUUAUUGGUUGAUAUUGCAAGUGAAGGAUCAAAAAGUUGUCCCACAACACCAUCACCAAGUGCAUCAUCAAGUCAUUACGAAUAUUCAACAAAUACUCAUUAAAUGUAUUAUUUAUUUAUUUAUUUAUAUAAAUUAUAAAAAACAAAAGUUAUUAUUUAUUUAUUUUUUUUAAUUAAUAAAAAUUUAAAUAUACAGCAUACACUGCAGGGUUUAUUUUUAAUUUAAAAUUGAAAUAACAAGUGUUUAUUUUAUUUUAUUUGAAAAAAUAUAAUUGAUAAGUGGUUAAAUUAACAGGGGAAUACAUUGAGUGCGCGUGUGUCUUUUGAGUCAUGAAACGCGUGCCAAACAAUAAAAACAUAAAAAAGAAAAGGGCUAUGCGCCUAAAUGAAUCUAAAUCUCGUUUCCCAUUCACUCUUCCAGAUAUAAAUUGAUUAAUUGUCAAUAAUAGGAGUAAUAUAAUUAUUUUUACAAUAUUAAAUUGCAUAAAUAAAAAUUUAAAAAUACAAAAAACCCAAUAAACCUAUAGCCCAAUAAACCUAAUAGCCAGUGGUAUGUCUGAAUAAAACAGUGUAUUGGUUUGAAAAAAAAAUAAUUCAGUAGUCAGUUAGAAUAAUGGCAAUAGCAUUACGCCAUAUUUAAUAGGAUAAUAAUAAAAAAUAUAUAUAUUAAUUUUUUAUUGUUUAUAUGUAUAGGAUAUCCACUUUCAAUGAUGUAUAUCCGCACCACACACACAGGUAGGCAGGUUGUAUUAUCGUUUGGUAAAAUAUGUGCACGGAAGUGCGGAAGGACUCGUCUUCGUAUUGUAUUGUUAUGUAUAUGGUAAAAAAUAACAAAAAAAUAAAAGGGAUAAGAGACAUCAAUAGACUUCCCGUCAGACCACCCUGGAUGGAUGGAUGCAAGAAGUGAAUCCUUUUUUGGUUUUCCACAUCUACGUGACAUUUACGAUAUAAUAAUGAUAAUAAUAAAUUAUAUAUAUAUUUUCCAAUAUUAAUGUAUAUUAAUAAAUA